AUGUCGGCUACAGGGACUUUUCGGGGCACGCCCAAUAAGACGAUCGGGAGAGGGAGGCUGCCCGACUUCGGUAAUGAUCCUAGUGCUUCCCAUAUCCCCCGACCCAGGCCAGAAACUUCUGCUUCAACCCACACACCCUCAAGCGACGUUGGAAGCGGUACCAUGAGCGCCGCCAGUAGCAGACAACGACAGAACCAGUCGAAGCGUGAUGAGGCCAUCCGCCGCAAGAUGGAGGCCGACCUCAACAAGAAGAGGAACGCUCCGGCCAAAUCACGAAGCUCCCGCAAAGCCCCUCCCGGCACCGUGCUCGCCCUGAAGCCCAGCCAGGCCCUCCAGAUCAAGCCCGCUCUCAGCAUCGCCGAAGCUGCCCAGCUGAUGGCCGCCAAGAGGGAGGACUGUGUUUUAGUGACCGACGACAACGAGCGCAUCGCUGGUAUCUUCACUGCCAAGGACCUGGCUUUCCGCGUGAUCGGAAUGGGCUUGAAGGCGCGCGAGGUCUCCGUCGCCGAGAUCAUGACCAAAAACCCACUUUGCGCGAGAACCGACACCAGUGCGACCGAUGCGCUUGAUCUGAUGGUGCGGAAAGGAUUCAGGCACCUCCCGGUCAUGGAUGAGAACCAGGACAUUUCGGGUGUUUUGGAUAUCACCAAGUGCUUUUAUGAUGCGAUGGAAAAAUUGGAACGUGCUUACAGCUCUUCUCGCAAGCUGUAUGAUGCUCUGGAAGGUGUGCAGACAGAGCUUGGCUCAAGUCAGCCCCAGCAGGUGAUUCAAUACGUCGAGGCUCUGCGAUCCAAGAUGUCUGGCCCGACUCUUGAGACCGUUCUGGACGGUAUGCCCCCGGUCACCGUCUCUGUCCGCACCACUGUGAAGGAUGCCGCGGCUCUCAUGAAGGAGCACCACACCACCGCCCUACUGGUCCAAGACCAAGGCUCCAUCACUGGUAUCUUCACUAGCAAAGACAUCGUUCUUCGCGUCAUCGCACCCGGGCUGGAUCCUGCCACCUGCAGUGUGGUUCGUGUCAUGACUCCUCACCCCGACUUCGCUCCUUCGGACAUGAGCAUUCAAGCUGCCCUCCGCAAAAUGCAUGAUGGCCACUAUCUCAACCUUCCCGUGAUGAACGAGGGCGGUGAAAUCGUAGGCAUGGUUGAUGUCUUGAAACUCACCUAUGCUACUCUCGAACAGAUCAACACCAUGUCAACGCAAGAUGACGAGGGACCUGCAUGGAACAAAUUCUGGCUCUCAAUGGACCACGAAUCGGAUUCUAUGGUCUCUGGCAGUCAAAGUCAACAGCCGCAUACUCCCCACCGCUCCGUGAUGAGCCCCGACAUGACUCGUUCCGGCUACGAUAACAGCCUUCUCCCCAAUGACUCCGCAUCGCAUCAUGGCGACGAGCAUUCCGAAAUUGCCUCUCAGCACCACACGGAACCGGCCGCCCCUACUCCUUUCCCCUUCAAGUUCAAGGCCCCCAGUGGACGUGUGCACCGCGUGAAUGUGCUCACCACCAACGGUGUCACCGACCUUGUCUCCCAGGUCACAGCGAAGCUUGGCAAGGAAGUCGAGGCCGUUGGCGGCGAGGCCACCGUGCAGGAUGGCACAUUGAGCAACACCGGGUACGCCCUCAGCUACAUGGACAACGAGGGUGAUACCGUCUCCAUCACCACCGACCAAGACAUGACCGAUGCGAUUGAUCUGGCACGACACACGCACCGGGACAAGGUCGAUCUCUUUGUCCAUGAUCCUACCCAGCCCCCCAUUCCCGCCACCGUCGAGCCUCAGCCAGUCAAGAUCAUGACCCCCGUCGAGGAGCAAAGUACCUUCGAGGAACCUGCCCCCGAGGAAUCGCCUUCCCCCGUGAAGCUUCGCCCACAGCAACAAGCCGCUCCCUCCCACUCCCCCGAUGAGCAGUUGAUCGCCGGUGUCCCCAACGACCUGCUGCUGCCGGGUGCUAUUGUCACCCUGGCUGCCGUCAUCGCCGGUGUUUUCAUUCUGAGCCGCCCCAGUGGCCGUUAA